AUGAAAUUGGAGUCUGGCGCAAGCGAGCCGGAACGGGGCCUCACGGAGAACUUCGCGCACACUUACGUGUCAUCGGGGAGCGCGUGCGUGGAUUUCCUCUUCCACGUUCUUCCGCAGACCGAGCGCGACGACGCGCACCGGCGGCUCGAGGCCGCGUGGGCAGAGGACCCAGCCACGGCUUUGCGGCUGAUGAUGCAGCUGCGCGCGGUGCGCGGCACGGCGAAGCGGGGAAGGGCGGAGCGGAAAAGUCUGGAGGAGCGGGUGGCGGAGAACCGGCGGCAGAUGGUGGAGGAGAGCGAGCGCGCGGCGGUUGCGCGCAAGGCAGCGCACGCGCGGAGGGCGGCGGCUGUGGCGCACGCGUAUGAGUCGAGCGAGCGGCUGCGCGCCGUGCACAACGCGGUGGCGGCGAUCUUUGCAGCUGCGCUGAAGGGGGACCUAGAGACGAUGAGGGAGUUUGAAGAGAGGCGUGCGCGGAAGAACGCAGAGGGUGGGGGGGUGCAGGGGGAGGAGACGAUGGAGGAGGAGGAGAAGAAGAAUGAGUUGGAGAAGGCAAAGGCAGAGGACAAGGUUACUGAGGAAACGGAGGCAGAGGGGCAGGGGUUGAAAGAAGAGGGUGUGCAAGAAGAGAACAAGAAGGAAGGCGAGAGUGGUGGAGAGGGAAAGAAGGUGCAGGAAAAGGGCAGCACCGGGAUAAGGAUCUCUGGCGUCGGGAAAAAGGAGAGGAGUUGCGCGGAACUUGUUGCAGAGGAAUGGCUAGACUCGGAUGAGAAUGAUGCCAUGGCUUGGAACGAGAUGGUGAAAAGGAGCAGCUGGCAAGCGAGCAGGGGCGACCUGAUGGGCAGAAAGGAGAAGCAGGAGCGUGGGGAGGAAUGGGUGGCGAAGGAGAAGGGCAAGAAGGACGGUGAGAAUGGGGGCGAGGCCAAGAAGAAGCACAAGUGGAUGGGGAGGCCGGCGCCGAAGCUCUCUCUGGCAGCCAAGUGGGCCCCCUCCCUUGGCAAGUCGUUCGAUCAAUCCACACUGCUCACCUCCUCCAUCGCCCUCCUCCUCUCCCCCCUCUCCUCCUCUUCCUCCUCCCCUUCCUCCUCUGCUCCUGCUGCUGAUUCUGGGAUGGAUGUGGACAGCGGAGCAGCAGCGGGCGCGGGGGGGUACAUGCGAGUGGCAAAGGAGAGGCUGCAGAGGGAGGUGCUGGCGCCGCUGCGGAGAGUGCUGGAGGUGCCCGAGGCACACAUGAGCAGCGGGCGGUGGGAGCACGUGGCGUACGGGCGCGUGCCGUCCGUGUGCAUGAACAAGACCCGCAAGCUCUUCCUCUCCCACGACCAGGCCCGGUUCACAGAGUACCUAGCGGAUGUGAAGGGUGGCGCGGCCAAGAUCGCUGCUGGGGCACUGCUGCCGCAUGAAGUGGUGAAGGCAGCCAUGGAAGCCGCGGAGGACAGCCAUGAUACAGUGGGCGAGCUGCAGUGGAAGGCCAUGGUGGCUGAUGUGCGCAGCAAGGGGUCCCUGGGGAACAGCAUGGCGGUGUGCGAUGUGCCGGGGAGCAUGUCCGGCACGCCCAUGGAGGUGGCCAUUGCGCUUUCGCUGCUCGUGAGCGAGGUGAGCAGCGACCCGUGGAAGAACCACCUCAUCACCUUCUCCGCAAAGCCGAUGACCCACCGCGUGGAGGGGAAGACCCUGGUGGAGCGCGUGAGGAGCGUGCAGCACAUGGCUUGGGGCUACAACACCAACUUCCUGGCCGUGUUUGACCUGCUGCUGUUCUGCGCGCAGCAGUUCCAGCUGGACCCGGCCGACAUGGUGCAGCGCCUCUACGUGUUCUCCAACAUGCAGUUUGAUGAGGCGGGCAGGGCUAGUGGGGCCGACUGGGAGACGGACCACCAGGAGAUCGUGUGCAAGUACGCUGCGGCGGGUUACCCUGUGCCGCAGAUUGUGUAUUGGAACCUGAGGGGUGAUUCUUCUCAGAGCAGCACACCGGUGGCUGCAAGUGAGGAUGGGGUGGCGCUGGUGUCGGGGUUCAGCAAGGGGAUGCUGCUGGCGGCGGUGCUGGAAGGAAAGGAGAUGUCUCCUAUGAUAGUGCUCGAGGAGGCCAUUAAGGGAAAGCUCUUUGAGCUUAUUCAGGUUGUGGAUUGA